GGUUAGGAGGCACCACGUUGGGGUGGGGGGUAUGAUUCCGUAAGGGUCAGAGCGAAGAGUCCGGAAUACCCAAGGGAGGAUUUUAGGGGGGAGAAAUAGCUACUCCAGGUGACUUUGGGGGACCACUCCCAGGUGUCUCAGGAACUCGGGACUGGGGAGUGAGGACAUUCAUUCAUUCAACAAACAUUUACGGACUCUAGUUUGCCUGUGCUAAGUAGAUGAAUAGGUGAACGAGGCAGAUAAAGACUGCUCUCUCGACGCUUGAGUCUUAGGGGAGAAAGGCAUUAAGGAGAUUUAUUGUGUUGUGUUCUAGAAAGGAAAUAAAGACGGAGUGCUGGAGUGGGGGCGGGGGAGCUAAAUUUAGACGAGAGCAGUCAGCUGUAGACUGGCUUAUAUUUACUCUGGGGUCAGCGAGAUAAGCAGGAGCCGGUCGCGAUAGAUAUUACUAUGACGGCUUUGGAUUUUUAAGUGCCGUUGGAGCCACAGAAGCAUUUUGUGGGGGAAAAUGACUUGGAUUUCCAUUUUCAAAAGGUCUUUCGAGCUGCUUUGGCGAGAUGGGUUAUAAGGACCAAGCUAAGAACAGAGGCUCCAUUCAAGGGGCUUUUUCCAUUGUCAAGGUGCUGGUGCCUGAUGACAGCAGCCCCGCCACACCCCCGACCGACCUCAUUGAGAUCCAGGUGGUGAAGGUGACAGACACCACGCUGGUAUGCGAGCCCCCGGAGCCAGGUUCUUUUCACUGUGCCUUGUGCCCGGCCGCCUUCCGGCUGGUCUCGGAGCUGCUGUUCCACGAACAUGGCCACCUGGCGGGGGCUGAGGGCGGCGGGCAGGGUGCGGACCCAAGCCGGUGCCACGUGUGUGGCCACAGCUGCCCGGGCCCCGCCAGCCUCCGCGCCCACUACAGCCUGCACACCGGAGAGCGCCCUUACCGCUGCCCCCUCUGCCCCCGGGCCUUCAAGGCUCUGGCGCCCCUGCUGCGGCACCAGCACCGGCACGGGGUGGAGCCGGGGGCCUCUCAGAGGCCCUCAGAGGUGGCGGCCGCGGUUCGGGGACAGGAGCCCGGGGUGCCCCCCGAGCGGUCAGAGGUGGUGAUGGCGGCGGCGGCGGCGGGCGCGGCGGUGGGGAAGCCCUUCGCCUGCAGGUUCUGCGCCAAGCCGUUCCGCCGCUCCUCGGACAUGCGCGACCACGAGCGAGUGCACACGGGCGAGCGGCCCUACCACUGCGGCGUCUGCGGCAAGGGCUUCACGCAGUCCUCGGUGCUGAGCGGCCACGCCCGCAUCCACACCGGCGAGCGCCCCUUCCGCUGUGCGCUCUGCGACCGCACUUUCAACAACUCCUCCAACUUCCGCAAGCACCAGCGCACCCACUUCCAUGGCCCGGGGCCUGGGCUCAGGGACUCUGGGAGCCAGCAGGCGGCGGGGACUGAGGGGCCAGGGACUGGGUGUGGGGCGGGAAACACUCAAGAAGAGGGGUGUGGGGACACAGCGACUGUGAAGGGUGAGAUCGACCAGUAGGCUGGUUAACAGGGGUGGUGAGCGGCAGGUGUCAGGGGAGGCGUUGGGUGGGACAAGGAGGCAGGUCACCGAAGAGGGGAGGCCGGGGGAGAGAUGACAUCAUGGCGGCCAGUGGGAGAGCAGCUGGACGGCCAGGGUCAGGGCUCCCACAAAUCCACACGGCAGCUCAGGGACUCGGAGAAAAGGCACAGGCGCAGCCCAGUGGGUGUCCAGCUAAGUGAGAGGAACGCGGGCUGGGUGCCCUUCCUGUCUGCCUGCCCUGGGUCGUCCUUGUGCGGGACACAGUGAGUCACAGCGGAGCCUGUGCCCCACACGGGGCAGAUCUGGGGUGCACCACAUUGUCCCUGGGCAGCUUUUAAUCCACUGAACCCUGAAGUGUCUUGGGGCCUAGAGUGGGCUGGGGUGAAAUCUGCCUACCUCACUGGGUUGCACUGAACUUCAGAGACCUUCCCACCCACCCUCAGGUAGAAGACACCGCCAGGUCCUCUGCGGAGACUCUGGAGUCCCACCACCUCAAAGCCAUAGGUCCCCCAGGUCACAGCCCAGAGCACUUGGGCCUCCACAGUGUGAGCCUGACUGGCCACAAGGAUCUCGAUUGCAAGAGCUACUACCCCUGUCCCUGUGGUGGUCCCUCCUGAACCCACUAGACCUGCCUCCUUGUUCCGAGGCAACUGAGAAUCCAGACAGCAAACAGCCACCCAACAUCCCGCCCUCAAGGUUUUGCCUCACAGCCCCACACCUACAAAAGUAGCCUCAGGUUUCUCUAAUCUCCUCCACUCCCAACCUAAAGCCAACAGUCUACAGCCUAGCCCCAGAUGACCCGAAGGAAGGUCGGUGGAUGGCCAGGUGUGGCGGGUGUGCCCUGAGAGUGGGGCCGAGGGGGGGACUUGGGGGCUGGAGGUGGGAAGCCUCCAGCUCCGUGCCUAUUAAAGGACUUUCCGAAGGGUUUCUCCAUGUCAGUCUGGUGCUUG